AAAAUUACCUCCAAAACAAUGCCGUCCGCUUACAUCCGAAGGAUGAACAAAGAAAUGUCCGACUUGAAAAAAAGUGGAUCAGCUGAUGUAUGGUUUUAUCCUACUGAAGAAAGCUUGCUCAAUUACGAAGGAUUUAUUAUUGGACCAGAAGGAUCUCCAUUUGAAAGAGGGAUGUUUAACGUGAAUAUUACUAUCCCCAAUGAUUAUCCAUUCAAGCCACCAAAGCUUGUUUUUACGACUAAAAUCUUUCAUCCAAGUAUUGACUUCAAUACAGGAUUUAUUUCAAUGGAUAUCCUGUACGACCAAUGGUCUCCAGCCAUAACUGUUCCGAAUAUUUUGAAGUUAAUCAGAGAUUUUAUGGCCUGUCCAAUCGGUGAUCUGUUUCAAAAUAUGGAGGCUAAGUGCUUAUACCACUUUGAUUAUCCGAGAUAUCUGGAAGUGGCAAAGUAUUAUACCCAGGAAUAUGCUUAAUUUCUCAAUUUUAUACUUGAUUCAAUAC